GGCAGCUCGAGAAGUGAAGGAGACGCACAGCAGCAGAGAUCCUUCAUAUCUGAGAAGAACAAACCAGUUGAAGACUGAGCCUUCAGUAGAUCCUCCACUAGAUACUUGAAAAGCUUUAAGAUGAAGACAAGUGUUGCCAUCCAGUGCAUCGUUCUCCUGGCCUGCAUGGCCCUUUGCACUUCAUUAAUUGUUCCAAGGUGCCGGUGUUUGAAGACCAGUAAGUCUGUAAGAGGUCCCAUCACUGAAGUUAAGGUGGAUGAGCCUCGUCAAUACUGCAACAGGAGAGAAGUCAUAGUCACACUGAAGGAUGGGAGUGAACGGUGUCUCGAUCCUCAGUCAAAAUUCAUCAUAAUGCUGCUAGAAAAACUGAAUCAGAUGAAAAAUACGACAGUCAGCCCUCAAACAACGACAGCAUCGGCUGCAGUGCCAGAAUCAUCAUGAUGCACUUUGCAUGUUUAGUGCUGUUACAACAUGUGUGGAUUAAGAAGAAGGAGCAGCACAGCUCUCGUUCUCAUCACAAAAUAUAAAUGCAUUUAAUUCCUCAGCCUGUCUUCAGGCUUAAGUUGUGAUUACUAAGCAUAUGCACAUUUAUAUAUCUGCAUCUAUAUAUAUUUAUUUUUGUAAAGUAUGUAACACAAACAUUAAUUUAUUUGUGCUAUUUUAACAUUUUCACAGGUGAAUUUAAUGUACAUUUGUACCAUGUUUGUCUCUUUGAUUCUGAAAUGUACAACAGUGACUCCAA